AUGUUGCAAAGAUCUAUUCAUACCACAAGAGUCCUCAAAAACUCCGAUGCUACCAUACAUAUUUGGUCGGAUUUCACCAAGAGGCCCAGCUCACUUUCUAUCCAAUCUCCCAAAGUCAAAGAUUAUCUUUUCCAAAAGAGACCCUCCUUGGACCCUCCAUCUAUUAGGAGAAGAAGUAACCGUAUCAAGUAUUCAUCUCCUGAACACAUAGAUGAGAUUUUCAAGAUGAGUUACGAUUUCCUUGAGCAAAGGUCUAAUAAGUUUUACGAGUUGGCUAAUAAGACAAGCAAUCCCUUGAAGAAGGAUGUGCUUCUCACAAAAGCGGAGAUCAACAAUCCGGAGGUGCAAUAUAAUUUUCAGUUUAAUGGCAAGUUAGACAAUAUCAAAUCGAUAAUAGACUAUGACGUCCCAGUAUAUAGACAUUUGGGGAAACAACAUUGGGAGUCAUACGGCCAAAUGUUAUUGAUGCAGAGAUUAGAGACAUUGGCAGCUAUCCCUGAUACAUUACCAACUUUGGUGCCUCGAGCAGAAGUGAACGUCAAAUUUCCCUUCUCGACUGGUGUCAACAAAUGGAUCGAGCCUGGUGAAUUUCUAUCAUCCAGUGUCACGUCCAUGUGUCCUGCUUUCAAGGUUCAAGAAUACGACUAUGUAGACGUGGAGAGACAGUUGUACACGAUACUGAUUGUCAAUCCUGAUGUUCCGGAUUUAAAUAAGGAUUCGUUCAAGACGGCCUUGUGCUACGGUUUGGUGAAUGUUAAAUUGAGUUACAAUGACAAUUUAGUAGACCCAAGAAAGUUCAACAGCUCUAAUAUUGUUGCCGACUAUUUGCCUCCAGUGCCUGAAAAAAAUGCCGGAAAACAGAGGUUUGUUAUUUGGGUAUUCAGGCAACCUUUGGCUGCAGAUAAUCAGAAUUCAAACCUUCUAGAAAUCGAUAAAGAGCAAAUAAAUAGAGAUGAUUUUGAUGUCAGACGCUUUACUAAGAAAUAUAGUUUGGAUCCCGUGGGUGCACACCUUUGGAGAAGUGAGUGGGACGCCAACGUCGCCGUUGUCAGAGAGAAAUAUGGCUUACCUUCUGGCAGAGUUUUCAGUAGAGUCAGAAGGUGA